UGAAGAAGGCUCAUUUGAGCGGGUUGGAGGAGGCCGGAUAGAGGAAGAAGUGCUCCCAGGGAAGGUUUGGGCCAGAGUCCCUGCUGUUGGGGUAGAAGAGCGGCAUUAGGUUCAGGCCAAUUCCCAUCACCCCAGCAGCAUGGCAUCCUGUGCUGAGCCCCCUGAGCCCACCACCCUGUCGCCUGCUGGGGUCCCACCGCUUGAGGACUUCGAGGUGCUAGAUGGGGUCGAGGAUGUGGAGGGCGAGGAGCAGGAGGAGGAGGACGACGAUGACCUCAGUGAGCUGCCACCACUCGAGGACAUGGGACAGACUCCUCUAGAAGAGGCUGAGCAGCCCGGGGCCCUGGCCCGAGAGUUCCUGGCUGCCAUGGAGCCUGAGCCUACCCCAGCCCCGGCCCCGGAAGAAUGGCUGGACAUCCUAGGGAAUGGGCUACUGAGGAAGAAGACACUGGUCCCAGGCCCACCUGGCUCAAGCCGCCCAGCCAAGGGCCAGGUGGUCACCGUGCAGCUGCAAAUGUCACUGGAGAACGGCACACGGGUGCAGGAGGAGCCGGAGCUGGUGUUCACUCUGGGUGACUGCGACGUCAUCCAGGCCCUGGAUCUCAGCGUCCCGCUCAUGGAUGUGGGGGAGACAGCCAUGGUCACUGCUGACUCCAAAUACUGCUAUGGACCUCAGGGCAGUAGGAGCCCAUACAUCCCCCCGCAUGCGGCCCUGUGCCUGGAGGUGACCCUGAAGACGGCUGUGGACGGGCCUGACCUGGAAAUGCUCACGGGACAGGAGCGUGUGGCUCUGGCCAACCGGAAGCGGGAGUGUGGCAACGCCCACUACCAGCGAGCUGACUUUGUGCUAGCUGCCAACUCCUAUGACCUCGCCAUCAAGGCCAUCACCUCUAGCGCCAAAGUGGACAUGACAUUUGAGGAGGAGGAGCAGCUCCUGCAGCUGAAGGUGAAGUGUCUGAACAACCUGGCGGCCUCGCAGCUGAAGCUGGACCACUACCGCGCAGCACUGCGCUCAUGCAGCCUUGUGCUGGAGCACCAGCCCGACAACAUCAAGGCGCUUUUCCGCAAGGGCAAGGUGCUGGCUCAGCAAGGCGAGUACAGUGAGGCCAUCCCCAUCCUGCGGGCGGCCCUGAAGCUGGAACCUUCCAACAAGACGAUCCACGCAGAGCUCUCAAAGCUGGUGAAGAAGCAUGCAGCUCAGCGGAGCACGGAGACUGCCCUGUACCGGAAGAUGCUGGGCAACCCCAGCCGGCUUCCUGCCAAGUGUCCUGGCAAGGGUGCCUGGUCCAUCCCAUGGAAGUGGCUGUUUGGGGCGACUGCCGUCGCCUUGGGGGGCGUGGCUCUCUCUGUGGUCAUCGCUGCCAGGAACUGAUUGCCCAGGUUGCCGCCACCCGCUCCGCACACCGUGGACCCCAUCCCACGCUCCGUAACCUCCCCCAGGCUCCCUGUCCACUGCCCUCCAUGGCCUAGCCCCUCCUCCAGGUCAGAGGCAGCAAGGAUUGGGGGUUGUGCAGCCCAGCGAGCAGGAGGGACUGAGGCCCGAUAGGAGGAAAGUGAGGUGGGGCCAAGGCCCUACGUCCAGCCCGGAGGGAGGCCCUCAUUCUUCCAGACCCAGUUCUUACCCCAUCCCCACCCCGACCCCCCUGGGUUAGGUCUCAACCAGGGCUGGCCUCAGUUUCUCCUUCUCAACAGGCCUGGGAACAGCCCUUCCCCUUUCCAGUCCCUGCCCAAGCGCCAGCCCCUCCUGCCCUGCCUGCUACCCUCUGUCCAAGCUCCCCUCCCCCCACAGUGAAAUAAAGCCUCCCACCUGCA